UCGUCAAAAGUCCAAAAUUGAUGCCCCAAAGCCAAAGCCGUAGCCGAAGCCCAAAGCCUCUGGCUUUGAUUGAAAUGCAGAGAGAAUCCAUUUGAUUUCAAUUACAACGCCAAGAACUGUAACUGAAGUUUCUCUCUCUUCUCUCAAUUCUCACACACAAACAAAUACACACUUCACAACCAUAAAGACAUUAAGAAACAAUAAAAGCCGGAAAGAAAAAAAGGAAGAUAUAUAUAUUACAGCAAAAAGGAAAACAAUUGCAAGCAGCGGGGUCGAGAAAGAAGAGAUUUUGCACUCGGAUAGCUUCAAUCAGCCCUCUUUCCUUUUUCCUUAUAGUUGAAAUUUAUAUGCUGCAAGACCGGCCUUGUUUGGUUUCGAGGGACUGUAAUUCAAUGACGUGUGAACAAGAAAGCAAUAGGACUAUGCUCUACGGGGCUGACAAGGUCGAGGUUAAGCAGGGCAAGCGCCACUUGGAAACGAAUGGGGAGGAAGAUUGCAUCGUGAAAAAGGUGUCCAAGCAUUCGGGCGAUCAAGUAGAUACUGAUUUGUCUAUUGGUGGGAUUCUAAAGUCGGUUUCUGGCCAAUCGAACAGCCAUGGACAAGAUGGCGAUGAUUCAGAUUCGAGUUCAUUGAUUGCUGGCAUUGGUCAGGACAACUCGAUUAAUUGUCUUAUACGGUGCUCCCGGGCUGAUUAUGGUUUAAUUGCAUUACUGAACCGGAGUUUCCGGUCUCUUGUCCGUAGUGGUGAGCUGUAUAAACUACGGCGGAAAAGUGGGGUGGUUGAGCAUUGGGUUUACUUUUCCUGCGAGCUGCUUGAAUGGGAAGCAUUUGACCCUAUAGGGUGCCGUUGGAUGCAUUUGCCAAGAAUGUAUUCAAAUGAUUGCUUUGUCUUUUCAGAUAAGGAAUCUUUGGCUGUUGGAACUGACCUUCUUGUUUUUGGGAAGAAUGUCAUGGCACACGUAAUCUAUAGAUACAGUCUGUUGACGAACACAUGGACUACCGGAAUGAGCAUGAACGAGCCUAGGUGUUUGUUUGGCUCUGCAAGCCUUGGGGAAAUCGCCAUACUGGCUGGCGGGUGUGACUCAAAGGGUAAUAUCCUCAGCUCUGCUGAGUUAUACAAUUCUGAAACGAGAACGUGGAUGACGCUUCCAAGCAUGAAAAAAGCAAGGAAAAUGUGUUCUGCGGUUUUCAUGGAUGGAAAGUUUUACGUAAUUGGAGGAAUAGGAGGAGCUGAAUCCAAGCUUCUGACAUGUGGAGAGGAAUAUGAUUUGGAAAAGGGGACUUGGACGGAGAUCCUAAACAUGUCCCCUAAGCGGACUAGUUCACCAAGAGAAAACGAACCACCUGCUACAUCUGGGGCACCACCUCUGAUUGCCGUUGUAAAUAAUGAAUUGUAUGCUGCUGAUUAUGCUUCAAUGGAGGUGAGCAAAUAUAACAAGAAGAGUAGGGUUUGGAUCGUCGUUGGUAAGUUGCCGAAACGUGCUGAUUCUAUGCGCGGUUGGGGAUUAGCAUUCAGAGGGUGUGGUGAUCGUCUUAUUGUUAUUGGCGGGCCUCGUACUGCUGGUGAGGGUGUUAUUAGAGUGCAUUCGUGGGUUCCAAGUGAAGAGCCCGCGCAGUGGGAUGUGCUUGGCGAAAAACGAUGUGCCAGUUUUGUCUAUAAUUGUGCAGUGAUGGGAUGCUGAAUAUCUGUGUGUGCAGGCACCAUACAAAUUCGAUGUUGUUUGCUUGUGGUUAACAAUUGGUUCCCGGAUGCACCCGGUUCUUGCUAAUGGGUACUUUUCCCAAACUUUUUUAGUUUCGUUACAUUCUUCUUUUAAAGUCGGACGAUGAUAGGGAAGAUUGUCAGAUAUUACUCAAGAUACAAUUGAAUGUUUCCAUAAACUAGUCUUGAGCACAAGCUUUUUCCUUUUCUCUUCAAACAUGAUCGAUAUUUUCUUUUUCUCAAAUGUCUUCUCCCACUCCUGGUGGAGUCCAUGACAAGGUGGCGAUGCAUAGCAAAGAAAAUAGUUUCGUUAACUUGAGAGCUAGGCAUUUCUGUUGGCUGUAAGUUUUAUUCUUAAACGAAACAUAGAAUUCAGCGUACUGGGGCUUUUAUGGUCCUAAAUUUCGUGAAACCGUCACAAAGGAAAUAAUAAAGUCUCGACAUUUUUUAUGGAAA